CUUCGAUGAUGCUGUCACUCACACACACACAACUGAAACCAAGUGUCUGGUUGUCAACAAAGAAGACAAACCCUAUUAUCAGAUCACAUGUGGGGAGCGCACGGAGCACGUGGCACCGGAGGAUGUUGCAAAACACAUCUUCCUCAAAAUGAAAGAGACGGCUCAGUCAGCUCUGGGCUCGGAUGUCACCGACACGGUUAUUACCGUUCCCUUUGAUUUUGCACGUUCUCAGAAGUGUGCCUUGAGGGAAGCAGCUGAAGCUGCAGGUUUCCAUGUCCUGAGGAUGAUCCAUGAACCUUCUGCUGCUCUGCUGGCCUACAACAUCGGACAGGACUGCUCCUCUGGAAAGAGCCAUGUUCUGGUCUACAAGCUGGGUGGGACGUCUCUGAACGUGACGGCGCUGCAGAUCAACGGAGGACUGGUCCGAGUCGUCUGCACCGACACCGAUCACAGCAUCGGGGGGGAGAGCUUCACCCAGGCCCUGGUCCAGCACCUGGCCUCGGAGUUCAAACGGAGCUUCAGACACGAUGUGAAUAGCAACCCUCGGGCGCUGCUGAAACUCAUGAACAGUGCAGACAUGGUGAAACACUCGCUCUCCUCUCUGGGAUCAGCCAACUGCUUCGUUGAUUCUCUGCAUGACGGCAUUGACUUUGAAUGCACCAUCUCCAGAGCUCGUUUUGAGCUGCUCUGCUCUUCACUCUUCAACAGAAGCAUCCAGCCAAUCAGGACGCUGCUCGACAAGGCUGGCCUGACUGCCAACGACAUUAACAAGGUGGUUCUUUGUGGUGGCUCAGCCAGGAUCCCUCGACUCCAGCACCUUAUCCAAGAGAUGUUUCCUGAUGUUGAGCUUCUGAUCUCUGCUCCUCCAGAUGAGCUCAUUGCUGUAGGAGCAGCCAUCGAAGCCGGUUUACUGGUGGGCAGAGACCACCUCAGUCCAGAAGACGAGUCUGUUGAGGUGGAUGUUUCUGCAGCUGACAUAUUGUUAAAGGAGGUAGAUGAAUGUGGAGCUGAGAUGUUCACCGUUCUCCUACCUUCAGGCACUCCUCUUCCUGCACGCAGGCAUCACAUCUUAUCUGGGGAGGGACGACUUUCCUCCCUUUGUUUGGACAUUUAUCAGAGAUUCGCUGAAGAGCAGCCACAAAAGCUCUCUAAGAUGAUCCUAAGAGACCUGCACCCUGGAGAGGAGAACCACAACAUUGAUGCUGUGGUGACCAUGAAAAGGGACGGCUCUCUCCAUGUUUCCUGUGCAGCUCAGAGCAGUGGACAGUCCGAGGCCAUCACCAUAGCAGCAGCUUCAUGAGGAACCAGUCCUUUUACUGGAUGUGUUUUCUGUUUCCACCAGUUUUCUGAAGCCACCUAACCUUGUCUAAAGUCAUGAAGGGACGAUGUCUGUUUCUAGCAGUCGACAUAAACAAUUAAAUGUUUUCUAA